UGUGCCAAAAGGAGGAAAGACAGAUGCCACCGGGGUGCAGCUCCUCAAACUUAGAGAGAGCUUGGGCUAGGAUGAUGUCCUGAACUUUUGGGUGUUUUUUGAUAUGAGAUUAAACAACAUGCAGUCAGCAUGAGCUCUUUCGCUGGACGCAUGAAGGAGUAUCCCACCAUCUCUCUGGACCGAUUUGACAGGGAGAAUUUACACGCCAGAGCCUAUUUCCUCUCUCAUUGCCAUAAAGAUCAUAUGAAAGGAUUGAAAGGACCUUUGCUGAAGAGAAAGCUGAAGUUCAGUUUAACUGUCAAGCUGUAUUGCUCAUUUGUGACAAAGGAGCUCCUGCUUAGUAGCCUAAAGUAUGCAUUCUGGGAGGACCAUAUUGUUGCCCUGGAACUGGACAGUCCAACUCACAUCUCUCUGAUAGAUGAAAUCACCGGAGAAUCGGAGGAUGUUGUAGUCACUUUGCUCCCUGCAGGACACUGUCCGGGAUCAGUCAUGUUUCUCUUUGAGGGUGCUCAGGGUACCGUGUUGUACACGGGAGACUUCAGGCUGGCUAUUGGAGAUGCAGCCAGAAUGGAGAACUUGCACUCUGGAGACAGGGUAAAAGACAUUCAGAGUGUUUAUCUCGAUACUACAUUCUUUGAUCCCAAGUACCAUCAGAUCCCUAGUCGGGAGGCUUGUUUAACAGGGAUAAUGCAGUUGGUACAAGACUGGAUUUGUAGGAGUCCAUACCAUGUAGUUUGGUUAAACUGUAAAGCAGCGUAUGGUUACGAGUACCUGUUCACCAACUUGGGACAGGAGUUCAGCUCACAGAUACAUGUGAACAGCUUGGAGAUGUUCAAGAAAAUGCCUGAAAUACUGUGUCACAUGACCACCAACCGUUCAACGCAGAUCCAUGCUUGCAGGCAUCCCAAGGAUGAUGAGAUGUUCAGGGCAAACAGGUUGCCAUGUGGCUCCAUAGCGGCAGACGGCACUCCACUAAACAUCAUCAGCAUCAAACCCUCAACCAUAUGGUUUGGAGAGCGGACCAAAAAGACUUCAGUCAUUGUCAAGAUGGGUGGCAGUUCCUAUAGAGCAUGCUUUUCAUUUCAUUCUUCUUACACAGAGGUUAAGGACUUUCUAUCCUACAUUUGUCCUGUUAACAUCCACCCUAAUGUCAUUCCUUUCGGCCAAACACUGGAGGACAUCACAGAACUGUUGAAGCCACUGUGUAGAAAACACUCUGGAAUGGAAGAGAUUGUCUACAAACCGCUUGGAACACUCAAAACAACCAGAAAGAGGUGCACAUCACAUGGGUCGGACAGUGAUGAUGACUUAUUUGACAAGGUUGCCAUGGCGCCAAGGAGGCGGAAAUUGGCAUCGACUGAUACGACCAAGGUGGCAGUAAAAAUACAGUCUCAUAACCCUAAUAAAACUGCUACUGAUAAGGACCAAAUUUACACCACCCUAGAGCGUAGUCCUUCCAUUCACACUUCCAAUUACAUGGACUGCACGGAAUCUAACGAUGAUGAUGAUGAUGAUGAUGAUGAUGAUGUUGAGCUUUUAAACAUUACAGCUGAGGAACCACCUAAUCCAUCUGAUGUUACUUCACCACCUCCGUCGGCAUGUUCAGAAAUGGCAUGCCCAAAACUGGCCCAGCCCAUAUCCAAUUUAACCACACUCGAAUCCAAGUCAGCUCCGCCCUGUUGGGAGAAGUUCUUCACAGCAGAAAAGGUGUUGACUGAUGAGAGUGAGUUGGCAAAUAGUCAGAACAGCCAAAACACUCAAACUCUUUCCACUGAAUACACAGCGUCCCAAUCGCCUGAGCUAUUUCAUGAUGAAGAUGAAGAUGACAGUAGUUCCAUUCACAUGACCUCCUCUCAAUCCACUCAUAUAUCAGAUGCAGGUAUGGAGAGCCUCAGUCAGAUGGAUACUGUUCUUGUUCAGGUGGAUGACAGUAAGGUAGUUACUAGUGACCACUGUAACCAAGGGAUCAAUGGAGUGCUUCAAGAUGGGACCAGCAAACCUGGCGAGGUAGUGUCAGAUGUGAUUGAUAAUAGUAACGUAGAGCCCAAGUCAGAGGAAGCAGUGGAACUGCAAUCAGACUCACAGGUAUCAUCAGAUUUUGAGCUUCCACCAACACCUGGUUCAAAAGUCCCACACCCAGAAGACCUGAAAGACCUGUACAAGAAGUUGGCAGCAGGGGAGGAAGUAGUCAUAAGGAGAAUUUUCUAACUUUGAGUAAUAAUUACUUUUCUGUUUGUCGUAUAAAAACUUACCUCAUCUGUUCCAUUAUUCUGUAUUGCAAUUUUGUACCUUUAGUUAAUGAAGUAAAAAAUCCUAAGUAAAUGUGUUGAAUUUUUUGUCUG